UCACCCCUACUUUCAUACUUUACAAGAGGAAAUGUUAUGGGCACCCAGUAAUCUUUCUUUUUCUCAGCAGAGAUACAUGAUCUGUGCUUUCAGGACAAUCGGGUUGUCUGGUUUUAGCAAGGAAAUUAUCUGAGGCCACCUGCUAUAAUAUAACGCACAUAUUGUGGCAAAGACACUGGAAGUAGGGCAGAAAAUAUCUGACAAAACAAUAAUAAUGAUCUGUUAUUGUUUAGAAUGACAUUCAGAGUAGCACAGGAGUAGAACUUGACAUUUUCUUGUAAAUGUAAAUGUUUUUCUUUAAUAUUUAAUUUCAGAAUAUUCAGUGUAUUUUCUCUGUAACAUUUCUGAUGUAGAAUAACGAUAGGAGUAAACUAACAGGAUUUUAAUGGUUGGAAUAGUAGGUUAGAUAUUUCUUUUAUUCCCCUAAAGCCAAGGCACUAAGCCCGUUGUUGCGGGAAAUGUCCUAAAACUGGUAUAAAAUGUGGUCGGUUGUUCAAAUAAUGCAAAGAUGAAUGAUACUGCUGCAGCAAUGUGUUCAUCGGGAUGUUUCUGGACAGACUCUGUAUCGUGGCUUCAUAUACAGAGUAGGAUUGUGGGCUGAACAUCAUGUACAACUGUCGGAGGUGUGUACAUGCGACGGAUCUUCCCGAAACACGUUCCUCGCCGAGAAAUCACCGAAGCAGCCAAUCACACGCCUUGUUUCAUCCCGUGUGCCCGGAUGUACCCGUGGGGCAAUAAGCUACGUCAUUGUUCACCGCCGGACACCCGCUGGAAAUGAGGAAUGGAUUUACAGGCGCUAUUAACGUGUUCGUAACAGAUUCCAGCAAUGAACAAUGACCAUAGUUGACAGAUCUUCAGAAAAGUCUGACCACGAGUCAGUCGGGUGUAACCGAUCUCCCUUCACCAGUGGAGACGCGGGGAUGGACGGCAGCUGUUCCAGCAGCUGGGCGGUGGGUCCCACCAUGCCGAGUGACUCUCCUCGGCUGAAGGCUCCAGGAGGCUGCCUGGGCCCGACACCUGGAGCUGCCGUCUACAACAGUACUCUCUCAUCUGUGGACCGGCCCAAGGAGCAAGUGAUCAGCAAUGGUGACGGCAUUGAGUUGCCGCAGAAGGUCCUCUUCCCUCCAGACCGCCUCAUCCUGAAGUGGACCCAGGUUCACCGUAUCGGUGCCGGCCUGCAGAACAUGGGGAACACAUGCUUCCUCAACUCAGCGCUGCAGUGUCUCACCUACACGUCUCCAUUUGCUAACUACUUGCUGACACGCGAGCACUCUAAAACAUGUCACGAGCCGGGGUUCUGUAUGAUGUGUACCAUGCAAAACCACAUCAUUCAGGUCUUUGCCAACUCUGGGAAUGUCAUCAAGCCCAUUGGUGUGCUCAAUGAGCUCAAAAGGAUCGCAAAGCACUUCCGCUAUGGAAGCCAAGAGGAUGCCCAUGAAUUCCUGCGGUACACAGUGGAUGCUAUGCAAAAGUCCUGCUUACCUGGAACCAAAUUGGACAGGCAGACACAGGCAACCUCUUUCAUCCAUCAAGUAUUUGGCGGGUACCUAAGGUCCAGAGUUAAAUGUUUAAACUGCAAAGCAGUCUCAGAUACAUUUGACCCCUUUCUAGAUAUCACUCUGGAAAUUAAGACGGCUUCAAGCGUCUCAAAGGCUCUGGAGCAGUUUGUUAAGCCGGAGCAGCUGGAUGGAGAAAACGCCUACAAAUGCACCAAGUGCAAAAAAAUGGUCACAGCCUCGAAGAGAUUUAGCAUCCACCGCAACGCCACCGUGCUCACCCUCUCACUCAAACGCUUUGCAAACUUCAGUGGAGGCAAAAUUACAAAGGAUGUAAAAUAUCCAGAGUACCUGGACCUGCGGUCGUUCAUGUCUCAGACUCAAGGAGAGUCCCAACUCUACGGCCUGUACGCUGUGCUGGUCCACUCUGGAUUCAGCUGUCACGCUGGACACUACUUCUGCUAUAUUAAGGCGAGCAAUGGUCAGUGGUAUCAGAUGAACGACUCCUCUGUGUCCGUCAGCGACAUCAGGACUGUUCUCAACCAGCAGGCCUAUGUCCUUUUCUACAUAAAGUCCAGUGAUGGGAAAAAAACAGUGGACUACAGUCACAUGAACCACAACCCUGGAAUCCCUGGUCAGUCGUCACCACGUCCGGUGGUGAUACCACGCAUCAACACCACCGUCCAUCAAAACAACAUUGGCUUUAUAGGUCCCCAGCUGCCCCCACACAUGACCAAGAGCACUCUCUAUGUCAAUGGGAAUGGAUCGCUGAGGGACUAUCCCACAAGCUCCAAGCCCAGCACCAGCAGUAGUGCUGUAGGAAAACCUAACCACGGACUGGCCUCUUCCUCCUCCUCCAUCUCCCACUCAAUCAGCCGGCCCACAAUGAUCCCAGACCAUGACAAACGUCAGAAGCUUUCAUUUUUCAUUGGACAAAGCAAGCAGAACCGCCCAUCCUCCUCCUCCUCCUCAUCCUCUUGCAGCCAGCCUUCCUCUGCCAGCGGCUCCUCCUCCAGCUCUCUAUCCUCCUCACAGUCUACCUCAGACGUCCACUCAGACGUUCGGUUCAUUCCACGUCAGCUUCACCACGUUAACGGCAUGUCUUGCAGUAACGGCGAUCACCACACUGGAGGUAAUGGAGCAUCAUUCCUGGUGCCGUACGGCCAAGAGUCUUCUGAGGAAUCAGACCAGGAGAACUGUGGCGCUCUGGAGAAUGGCUGCUUAGCUAAGUCUCACCUCAACGGUAACAACAGAACAGGAGGCGUCUUUGAGAAAUCUCCUCAAGCCACAAACAGAGAGUCAGAAGUGCACCAUAAUGGUAACGGAUUAUUGUAUGGCGUCUCUAAAUCAGGCCAAAAUGGACACCAUUAUGGACAACACAAAAUGAAUGGACACUACACCUCUGACAAGAUCUGUGGCAGUGAUCAUGGAUCUUUGUCCUCGGGGGCUACCAUUGCUGCUAAUGGUGUAGAUGGUGACCAUAGUCCAACAAGCAAAGAGGCGUAUAAUUCAGCCUCGUCAUCACAGACCUGUUCUUCUCGGAGCAUCCAUCCUGCUGCCAGUGAAAGCCAGCACCUCUCCCCUCCUCACAAAAGGGCUAAAAGUGUGUCUGAACCCCUGCCUCAGCAUACAGCACCCUCCACUGUUAGCAUUCCACCUUCAGCUACUGCUACAAAGACCCAUUCUGUUGCAUCUGGAGAAUCUGCUUCCUCCUCAGCACAUCAUGGCAACCCCGCGGCCUUAUCCUCCCCGGCAGACCGCUCCGAGAGCACCACUGGGGCAUCUGCUGCUCCACAGAAGGUUAGCGUAAGUGGGGAUGAAUCCAAGAAUCUACCACAGAAAAACGGGCCGUCAGCAGGGAUGGAAGGAAGAACGGACGCCAAGGAGCAGCAACAGUCCAAGCCCAGUUCUAGUGGCAGCGAUGGACAAUAUUCCAGAGACAGAGACAGGCUGCACUCUGACUGGAGCAGAGAGAGACACUACAGGGACCGGAGUGAAGAGCGGGAGAGUGACGGUGAUCGGCAUCGGCACAGACGGGACCACCGAGAACACCGCCACAAUCAUCGCUUGCACAGUGAUCAUUUGUCUCCUCAUGAUCGACAUUACAGAGACUGGGACUCUGAGCGUCGCUAUGAGCGGACUGUCCACCACCCCAGGGAGCGCAAUCGCGACAGGUCCUCUCACCAUUACCACCGUCAUCGAUCCAGAGAGGAUUGGGACUGUGAGCGGAGGGGGAACGGUCACUCCCACCGCGAGGAGUCUCGCAGUCGCUCGAGGUGGCAGCAGGAGAGUCGAGAAUCCCGGGUAACGAAGGAAAAGAGCAACGGCAGGGAGAGGAACUCUUACCCUUCAAAAGAGGAGACUUCCUUUCCUGCCACAGUGUCAGAAACAUCGGCAAAGUACAAAGGCUCGCCGCCUCUGCCUCCUCUCUCCAUGUCGAGAUCAGCUCCAAACACAGACGAUCAAAAUCACAAGAGGACUGCUGAUAAUCUGAGCAAGGAGAGAGACGAAAGCCCUGAGGCCCGUCACUCUAAAAAACACAAAAAGAGCAAGAAGAAAAAGAAGUCAAAGGACAAAGACAGACACAGAGAGAGCGGAAGCUCUGACGUGGAUUCAGACAGAAUUGCUGAAAUAAAAAAGAAGAAGAAGAAAAACAGGCGGCAGCGGGAUGGCGAGGCCAAGCAGCAGAGCCCAGGCGCCGCACCGAGACACAAGAACAGAAGCAGCGAGGAACGGGAAAGCUGCAAGCGGAGUUACUAUGACACCAAGGACGCUACACACAACUAUGGUUUUUUACCAGAAAAACGCCGGCGCAUAGACUACGCUGAUCCUCGCAUUGACCAUCUACCCCCCCCUCAGCCCAUUUCAGCCACCAAUGGUUCAACUCACCGCCAUCUCAAUGGACACACAGGAAACGGUUACAGUCGAACCAAUGGCAACUCCCACUGAUUCUCCAGUGGCCUGAAACACUGACUCUGCGCAUCAACACCAUUUUAACAGCAGAGGAAUGAAAUCAACAACCUUUUGACAUGGUGCUUCUUCUUCGUUGGGAAUAAAUUGUAUUUUUACCAAAAGUUAAGUGUUUUAAAAUAUUCCGAAAAUCUUUUUUUAAGGCAUUAAUUAUUUGCCGUAAUUCUCUUUAACUAUGGGUAAAAAAAAUAACGCUCACCUUGUUGAACAUGUAUGAUGAAAAAUAUUAAUAUAUACUCGUAUGAACACAAACAAAGCCUGGAGCUUAAAACAUCUCAACUGCUGCUCAGUGGAACUCAGGACUCGAAAAACUUGUUAAACAUCCCAUUACGGAUUAUCCACCCGCUUCGAAUAAGAAUGAAACAAAAGGGAAGAUGUCACUAUAUCUACAGAGCUUCUGAGUUUUUACAUCCAUCCCACUGGGAGCGGACGAACUGCAGGAGGGAGAUUUUCACGAACGAGGCGGCCGAGCGCAGUGGUGGGAACAAGGCUUCGCUGACUGAUGCCUCCACUUUAACCCUGGACAGACUUGAGGACAUUUCCCUGCUUACGUUUUUCUCCUUUUUUUAUUUUCCCGUUUCCAUUUUUGCUCUGAAGCCUAAGAUUCACUCUGUAAUUUUUAAACUUUUUUCACAAGAUGAGGAGUUUUGUCUCGCCUACAUCACAACUCUCUCACUCGCUCUUUUUUUAAAUGUUCAGAAAGAAAGCAUCAAACAUUUAUCAUCGCUGUGGACCAUUUGUGUUUGCUUUUUAAUGAAAACUACAGUUUGUGUCUUCUCGCGUCAUAAAAGAAUACUGUGAAUUUAAUUUUGAACUGUACUAUCAGUUAUUUUAUAUGUACAAAAAGAUCCUGUAUCAGGAUUAGCAGUAGAUGUUUUGUUGUUUUGCUUUUGUUUUUAGAACACUUGUUAAUUUUGACCAUGUUCUUUGGAGUAUGGAUUGAUUUCUCUUUUUUUUUUUUCGUUUUGUUAUGUUGUGUUUUUCAACUUUAGACAGACGUUGGAAAAACUGCUGUUAUACCUUUUUAGUUUUAGCAUGUCAGAAUUUAUACAUUGUAUAAGGUAAAAGCCUUAAAAUACA